UCUGGUGUUAUGUUUGCUAGGCCACUGGUUUCUCGCUAACGUUAGAUUACCAUAUUAGCAGAUAUCUCAAUGAUGAACGUUUGAUUAACCAGAACAUAGUGUUCACAGGUUUUUUACUCGUCAGAUGCCAAAUGUUAAUACCAGUGAGUCUACUUCUCCACCUGAUGGUGGUAAUGUAGAGGAACGAAAUGAGACCACACCACAAACAAAAACUCUUUCAGAUGGUGUCAAAGUAACACCAGUGGCUAAAUCAUCCAAUAACCAGACCAACAAUAGAACUGACUUAGCUAUUUUACCUGAUAGAAGUCAUUUCAAUACUCAAAAGGAUGUGAAUCCAGAUGGUGGACAACUGGAUCCUUCAUCACAAAUACAGACAGACACUAAUGUGACAGAAGUUACCAACACUGACAACACAAGCCAAACACAGAAUGGACGUGUCAUUGGAGAGUUGGGUAUCACUAGUACUUCAUUUAUUGGGCCUGUGUGUCGUCCUGAGCCAGUCUUUGAGCAGGAGCUUUGCGAAUUUUACAAAGAGCUUGAGGAAGUCGAUAAGGUUGACGUCAGUGCAGACACCACACUGGUUGACCAGCAUGAUCUCCAUCCCUCCAACAAGCCCAAAAGCGGCCAACCUAACAAAACAGUCAUUCCUGUUGUCGUAACUGAUCAUGGCAGAGCCUAUAGACCUUACCCAGAUCCACAUGAGCGCAACCAACAAAAUCAGAAGAGAUGGAGACCUCACGAACAAUGUGAAUCGGAUGACUUUGGUAGAGGAGGAUAUCCACAGCCAUGGUAUCCUCCUCCACCAUGGGUUCCUCUGGACCCAAGGGUGCAGUUCUUCCCUCCCCCAACCUCGGGAGGGGCUAUCAUGUAUCCUCCAGACAUGAGACCUCAGGAGAGCAUCUUCCACACUCUCCAUGCCAACAACAACAUCUGGGGCCCAUGGGAAGGACCACCAUUACCUUUAAACAGAUGGCAUGAACAAAACCGUGGUUUCCAGUCUCACGAGCAUCCUGGAUUCUCCGAGGAAUAUGAAACGGGACAGCAUGAUCAUGAAAAGGACCAAUAUCAGUAUUAUAAUAAUAUUGCUUUAGUGCUCAUACUGUUGAGAGGAGUCCCAGGAUCUGGAAAAUCCACUUUGGCCAGAGAGCUCCUGUCCACUGGUCCCAGUGGAGUAAUACUGAGCACAGAUGACUACUUUUUCCAAGACAACAGAUAUGUGUAUGACUCUGCUCUGCUUGGGGAUGCACAUGACUGGAAUCAGAAGAGAGCUGAACAGGUGAUGUUGGAGGGCCGAUCACCUGUUAUCAUCGACAACACUAAUGUUAAAGCCUGGGAAAUGAAGCCUUAUGUUCAAAUGGCUUUAGACAAUGGAUACAGAGUGGACUUUGUUGAGCCAGAUACCCGCUGGAAAUAUGAUCCUGCCCAGUUAGAAAAGAGGAACAAGCACGGAGUCCCUCGAGAAACAAUAGCAAAGAUGCUGGAUGGUUUCGAGCGGCCAGUGAAUGUUGACAUUGUGAUGAAUUCUGUAGUCCCUCGCCAUAAAAAGAAAGGCAAUUAACAGAACCUGCGAUAUUUAGCUGUUCUUAAAUUAGAAAUAUUGCCAUGUUAUUAUUUGUAAUGAUAGUAGGUAUAUAUAUAUGGUUUAUUUUAAGUUAUUUUCAUACAUACUGAUGCAGCUAAAGGUGUUUUUAAUGACUGUUUGGUGAUUUUAAUGUUUUAAUGACCAUUGGUCAAAACAUUUAAAAAAAGAAAGAGAAUGUCUGUUUAAAUAGUAUCACUUUCUUUUGUAUUUUUUGUCAUUUUGCUUAGUGCACAUAUGAAAGUGUUAUUUGCUGGUUUUGUCCAUUGUAAAUGACCACAUUGAUUACGGUGAAACAUUGGCAGGAUAAGACCAUUGGAGUCUGUCUGAUAAAUCCUUUGAAAUUAAGACAGUCUGACACAUAAAAUUAAUGCUGAGCUUCCAGAUGGAAGACCAAAUGU